UUGAAAACAAACAUGGCUAACGAAGCCCUCACUUUGUCGGAAGAAAUCAUCCGGAAUCGAGUGAAUCUGCAGCAUGACAACUUAGAGGAUGUGAAGGCCCUGUCACUACCAGGAACCUACCAUGAGAAAGUUGUCAGUCUGGGAGGCUCACUUAGAAAGUUUUCUCGUCUGAAAAGUCUUGACCUGUCUCGGAAUGCUUUAAUAUGUUUACAGGGAAUGGAACAUCUAAAGCUACUGGAGAAGCUGAACCUCUACUACAAUGGGAUAGAAACCAUGGACGAGCUGAAGCGUCUCAGGUUCAACACGUCUCUCAAGGAGCUGGACUUACGACUUAACCCGGUCACCCGUACAGAACCCGACUACCGACUUUACCUCAUACACAUGCUCCCCAACCUCCAGAAACUAGAUGACCGUGGGGUGAGGGACAGAGAAAGGAAUGCAGCCCUUGUCCACUUCAGCUCAAGUCAAGCUGUGGAAAUAUCUGCCCAACCCAGCAAUGAGGAGCCUCCACCCAAACAGCCCCACCCCCGGGCAGAGAUGGUACGGGGCAUGGGCAAGGGGAUGACAGCCCUUGAUGAUGAUGAUGUAGCCGUACUGGACCUGAUUGCUAGGACGGGUGGUGACCUCAGUCGACCUCGGAAUAUUACAGGGUCCGCUGCCAGGGAACCCACUGCAGAGGACUAUUCUCUAGAAGGUAGCACGUCUAGAUCAGUUUUAAAAAGUUUAGAUGGAGGACCGGCACCAGACAAUAGAGAGGAGGUACCUGCCCCAAAGCCCCACCCUGGAAGCAGGGAGGAGGCCUAUAGGAUGAGGUACCCUAACAUUCCCUCCCUGACAGUGACAGGGACAGAGGAAAGACAGCAAAGGAAGGACGAGAACCUACAAUACCAGGACGAAGUAGAUGCCUAUAGUAAAUUCAAGAGUCAUGGCUACUUUACAGCAAACCCAAAUCAAGAACAAACAAAUGCUGGAAAUGGCAACACCUCACAGAGUCAGAUCCUGACAGAGCGGGACCCCUACCCAGGGCCCCCACGGGUGCCUACAGAGAGGCGAAGGUCGUUUGGAGAGGAGGAGUCAGUACAAGGUCAUCAGAGGUCAAAUAGUCAGCCACCGGCAAGGAAGGAGUUUCAUGAUUCCAUGGAAGAUUUAGGGAUGAGAAGGGCAGAUAGGUCAGCUGAUGACCUGAGGUCACAGAGGUCAAAUGAACCACAUGUCUCCAAUGGAAUUAUGAAAGGGGAGAACUCAAGAUCAAAAGAGCUACUUUCAAGACUGCUCGACAUUGUUGAUAGAUAUUGGAAUGGCUCAAAAUCACUACACAAAAACAUUAAAUUUAGAGGUCUUGCAUAUGAACUAAUAGAUAACUUUGCAAGAAAUUACGGUGAGGAUUUAAGUAAGGUGGAAGGUGAUUUAGCGCACCUCCGUGAAGAGAACUUCAAGUUGAGGAAGAGGGAGGAAAUUACACGCAACACACUGGCUGACAGCACGGUGAAUGAGAGUCAGCUAAAAACUUCUCUGCAUCAAGCUUACAAAGACAAUGAGGCCUUAAAAGAUGAGCUACAGAACACAGUCAGGGAAAACCGCAAACUACAAAUGAAAGUACAGGAGCAGCAAAAUGGACACCUCUCAGCAGCAGCAACAUCUUUGUCCUCUGUCAACCAGUCACAUCUUGAGGAGAUCAAGCGACAGAACGACAUCCUCAGGAAUGAGGUGGAGAUGUUACAGAUACGACUCAAGCAGUAUUCACAGAUGCAGGAGCUAGCUAGCAUGUUACAGGAGAGUCACAAGUCCCUUGUCCAGACCAACGACCACCUACUGAAGGACCUCGGAGAGACCAAACGACGCCACCAGGGGGAAGUAGAACAACUCAACUGGACCUACAACCAACUAAAGAAGAACUCCACGUCGGGCUACGCACCAUCCAACAAGGCGCGAGACCAUGGCACGGCCUCUGCCACGAUGUACGACUCCUAGCGUCUUCAUUUGUGGCCGUCGGCUCGGGUCACUCUGUACACGUGAUGAUAGGACAUAGGGACAGCAGUGGCACCUUGUUAGCUUGGACAGAUAUUAUGACCUUGGAUGAACUUCUCAGAAAUUUUCUUGCUGAAGUAAUCGUAAGAGCGCCAGACUAGCAAAGUUCCACUACUGAUUUUCUGUUAUAUUGGGAUCAAAUACACAAAAUAUUCUUUAGAUCAAUUAAACUAUUCACUCAUCAGAUGUCGUUCUUAAAUUAAAUAUUGUAUAAUAAUUGGUGCAUGCACAAUAUUCAUUAAGAAAAACAAAUACCGAUGACAUAUAGAUAUAUUGUAUAUACAACCGGUGAUCAUAAAGCAUUUAAAGAAAAUUUAAGAAUCUCUGGAAAUAAUCUCUGAAGACAAGUUAUAUAUUUAUAGUUUUUUCAUAUGUUUGAGAGAUUCGAAAAAAAUUGUGAUUAAUUUUGUGAUCAAAAGUGAAACUUACAACUGUUUUCCAUCAUAUCCAAUCACCUUAUAUUAUCAGUUUUGAAGCCAUUCAGCAUUUAUAUAAAGUCAGUAUUUGUUAUCUUGCCUGUCUAAGCAUCUAGUGAUUGUUUGAAUUUUGAACUUACACUUGUUGCUUGGAUACUAAACCAGUCUGAUGUUGAAGGCCAAGUUAGGACUAUAAGGUAUCAUUUUAAACUAUUACCUUAUUUUUUUGUCGUCAAAUAUCUUCAAAAGUUUAAAAAAUAAAAAUUAUAAUAUUAAAUUUCAAAACGGAUUAGUUUCAUCCAAAAAGGAAAUUUAUGAAAAAUUGAUUUUCAUUUUACUAAAAUUUCUUCAUUUUUGUUUUUUGUGUUUUUGUUUUUACAUGUAUUUGAAUGUUUUCUCAGAGGAUUUUGGUUUGAUAAUGUACAUGUAUUGUGGAUCAAAGAACGAGUAUCUAUAGUUAGUCAUACAGAAAAGAGUUUUCUGAGGGAAAAUGGAGACGCAUUCCUGGCUUGCUGUUUGUUCUCCCUUUAUCACGUAACUUUAUGUUUAUAUUGGUUAAGUUGAAAAAAACUCACAUUAAAGUUUUGAAUAUGCAGGUUAUAAGAAAGAAAGAUUAUCCGUCCAUUGUAU